GAAAUGUGAACUAGAGGAAGAGAGAAGCAGAUGCACAAGCAAGUAUUGUUAACUUGUAACUGUGCUGGAGAAUGGAAAUAGAAAUUAAAAGGAAAAACUCAUAAGUGUAUCAUCUGAAGUUUACUGGCAUACUAUUAUAAAAAUGAAGUGUGUUAAAGAAGAGUUUAAAGAGGAGUGUGAAGACAUCAGUAUUACAGAAUCAUGCAGAAUGAAACAUGAAGAUACUGAAGAACAAAGAGGUUGGUGUUCAUUCUUAAUUCUUCAUAAAGACUGUUCGAGACAUCAAGGGCGUUUUCACAGCUGGCUUGUUUGGGGCAUUUGUUUCGAACCUGACUUGAUGGAAAUGAAAGAGGAGAGUCAAGAACUGAGUGACGUGGAGGAGAAACAUCAGUAUCAGACAUUUGAUAAUUUCAUCACUGGUGAAGAAGAUUUUGGUGGCUCAAAGCCUGAAAAUAUAUUAUCACAAAAAAGAAAUCUAAGAACAAAAGCCAAAGAUUCUUUCAGCUGCUCUCACUGUGGAAAGAGUUUCACACAAAAAAGAAACCUUAAUGCUCACUUAAAACUGCACACUGGAGAGAAACCUUUCCCCUGCAUUCAGUGUGGACAGAGUUUUGCACAUAAAGGAGAUCUUAAGCGGCAUAUGAGAAUUCACACUGGAGAGAAGCCUUUCACGUGCCAUCGAUGUGGAAAGAGUUUCACACAGAAAGGACCGCUUGACGUUCACAUGAUAAUCCACACUGGAGAGAAGCCAUUUACAUGCCCUCAAUGUGGAAAGACUUUUGCACAUAAAGGAAGUCUUCAGCGGCACAUGAGAAUCCACACUGGAGAAAAGCCUUUUACAUGUCUUCAGUGUGGAAAGAGUUUCACUCAAGCAUGCAAUCUCAAACUUCAUCUGCGCUUUCAUUCUGGAUUAAAGCCAUUUAACUGUGAUCAGUGUGGCAAGAAAUUUACGCUGGCAUCACAUCUAAAGGGACACAUGACAACUCAUACUAAUGAGAAGCCUUACGUGUGCUCUUUUUGUGGAAAGAGUUUUAUUACAUCAUCAAACCUAAAAACACAUGUGAGAGUUCAUACUGGAGAGAAGCCAUUCAAAUGCACUUCAUGUGGGAAAAGUUUCAGCCAAUCACGAAACCUUAAAACUCACUUAAGACUUCACUCUGGAGAGAAGCCUUUCACCUGCCUUCAGUGUGGAAAGACUUUUGCAAAUAAAGGAGAUCUUAAGUGUCACUUGAGAAUUCACACAGGAGAAAAGCCUUUCACCUGCUCUCACUGUGGAAAGAGUUUCACACAAAUAGGAAACCUUAAAACUCACUUAAGACUUCACUCUGGAGAGAAGCCUUUCGCCUGCCUUCAGUGUGGAAAGACUUUUGCAAAUAAAGGAGAACUUAAGUGUCACUUGAGAAUGCACACUGGGGAGAAGCCUUUCACCUGCUCUCACUGUGGAAAGAGUUUCACACAAAAAGGAAACCUUAAAACUCAUUUAAGACUUCACUCUGGAGAUAAGCCUUUCACCUGCCUUCAGUGUGGAAAGACUUUUGCAAAUAAAGGAGAUCUUAAGUGUCACAUUAGAAUUCACACUGGAGAAAAGCCUUUCACCUGCCUUCAGUGUGGAAAGAGUUUCACACAAAAAGGAAACCUUAGAACUCACUUAAGACUUCACUCUGGAGAUAAGCCUUUCACCUGUCUUCAGUGUGGAAAGACUUUUGCAAAUAAAGGAGAUCUUAAGUGUCACAUUAGAAUUCACACUGGAGAGAAGCCUUUCACCUGCUUUCACUGUGGAAAGAGUUUCGCACAAAAAGGAAACCUUAAAACUCACUUAAGACUUCAUUCUGGAGAGAAGCCUGUCACCUGCUCUCAGUGUGGAAAGAGAAACUCAGUGACAUCCAGCCUUCAGAGUCACUUUCGUCUGCACUACGGAGUACAGAAGAGUUUCAGCACAUCAAGUAAUCUACACACUCAUUUAAAAAAACAUUGCCCGAACUGUCUAAUUCAGAAUAGACUUUCUACUGCUGCAAACACUGGGUUGAUUUAGUCAUUAGCAGCUCUUAAACGCUAAGGGGCGCUAUAACCAUAGAAUUUCAAAAGGCCAGAGCUGAACAACCUCAAAGCUCUUUCCCACAACAUCACGACCAUUCAGUUUGCAUUCUUAUUUUGCCAAAUAAAUAGAAGAAGAAGAAAGGUAUUAGAAAUGCAAAUUCACAACCACAAAGUCUCCAUCUAGCCAGCAAAUCAAAGACUUUCCUGCAGCAUUCAGCAUUAAUGAGGACGCCCACGCAUCUGGACUUAAUUGUUUCCAUUUAUUCAUUCACAUUUAAUUAGAGAGAAUUAUCAUUUGUAAGUAUUUUUAUAUGUAUACACUGAUAUUAUGAGUGAGCAUCAUUCAGCAGCAUAUUCAAAAAAUUGUUACUUCCAAAAACUGUCAAAUCUCCAAAUAUGUGCUUUCUUUUAAAGAUGCACUGUAAAUUAUGUGUUUGUGUCAUCUUGGAGCAUUAUUCAAAAUCGAUAGUUUUCAGUUUCAGAUGCAGUUGUAGAAAUCCACUAUGCAGUCAGCCAUGAUUAAUUUACAGUGCAUCUGGAACAUAUUCACAGCGCUUCACUUUUUCCACUUUUUGUUAUGUUACAGACUUAUUCCAAAAUGGAUUCAAUUCAUUAUUUUCCUCAAAAUUCUACACACAAUACCCCAUAAUGUCAAACGUGAAUAUGUUUAUUUAUUAAAAAUAAAAAACGAAAAAAAUCACAUGUACAUAAGUAUUCACAGCCUUUGCUCAAUACUUUGUUGAAGCACCUUUGGCACCAAUUACAGCCUCAAAUCUUUUUGAGUAUGAUGCUACAAGCUUGGCACACCUAUUUUUGGGCAGUUUCUCCCAUUCUUCUUUGCAGGACCUCUGAAGCUCCAUCAGGUUGUAUGGGGAGCGUCGGUGCACAGCCAUUUUCAGAUCUCUCCAGAGAUGUUCAAUCUGGUUCAAGUCUGUGCUCUGGCUGGGCCACUCAAGGACAUUCACAGAGUUGUCCCGUAGCCACUCCUUUGUUAUCUUGGCUGUGUGCUUAGGGUCGUUGUCCUGUUGGAAGAUGAACCUUCGCCCCAGUCUGAGGUCCAGAGCGCUCUGGAGCAGGUUUUCAUCAAGGAUGUCACUGUACAUUGCUGCAUUCAUCUUUCCCUCGAUCCUGACUAGUCUCCCAGUUCCUGCCACUGAAAAACAUCCCUACAGCAUGAUGCUGCCACCACCAUGCUUCACUGUAGGGAUGGUAUUGGCCAGGUGAUGAGCGGUGCCUGGUUUUCUCCAGACAUGAUGCUUGCCAUUCAGGCCAAUGAGUUCAAUCUUUGUUUCAUCAGACCAGAGAAUUUUGUUUCUCAUGGUCUGAGAGUCCUUCAGGUGUCUUUUGGCAAACUCCAGGCGGGCUGUCAUGUGCCUUUUACUGAGGAGUUGCUUCUGUCUGGCCACUCUACCAUACAGGCCUGAUUGGUGGAGUGCUGCAGAGAUGGUUGUUCUUCUGGAAGGUUCUCCUCUCUCCACAGAGAAACUUUGGAGCUCUGUCAGAGUGACCAUCGGUUCUUGGUCACCUCCCUGACUAAGGCCCUUCUCCCCCGAUCGCUCAGUUUGGCCAGGCGACCAGCUCUAGGAAGAGUCCUGGUGGUUCCAAACUUAUUCCAUUUACGGAUGAUGGAGGCCACUGUGCUCAUUGGGACCUUCAAUGCUACAGAAAUGUUUCUGUACCCUUCCCCAGAUCUGUGCCUCGAUACAAUCCUGUCUCGGAGGUCUACAGACAAUUCCUUGGACUUCAUGGCUCGAUUUGUGUUCUGACAUGCACUGUGGGACCUUAUAUAGACAGGUGUUUGCCUUUCCAAAUCAUGUCCAAUCAACUGAAUUUUCCACAGGUGGACUCCAAUCAAGUUGUAGAAACAUCUCAAGUAUGAUCAGUGGAAACAGGAUGCACCUGAGCUCAAGUUUGAGUGUCAUGGCAAAGGCUGUGAAUACUUAUGUACAUGUGAUUUGUUUUUCAUUUUUGAUUUUUAAUAAAUUUGCAAAGAUUUCAAACAAACUUCUUUCACGUUGUAAUUAUGGGGUGGUAUGUUUGUAAAAUUAUGAGGAAAAUAAUGAAUAUAAUCCAUUUUGGAAUA